CUCACUGAGUGAGUAAUAAGUAAUUAGUGAAUGUGAAAAAAUAAAAUAAAUGCUGAAAAAACCAUACAAAUUUUUCAUUUCAACACCGAGCGAACGAAAAGUUGCAGCGAAAAAACCGAAAAUUCUGCGAAACAUACAUAUCUAUAUAUUUUGUGGUCGAAAAAAAGUGCAUAAAAACGACGUACGAUAAUUAAUAAAUGCGCUUAAAUGCGCCAUGAACUAUGCAAAAGUUAUGUGCUAAAAGUGAGAGCUAAAAAGUGAGCGUUGCAACUGGCAAUCAUGUGGAAUGCAAUAAGGAUUCAGCAGAUUUUGCGGCUACUCCCGAUCCUGAUUCACCUGUCGCCAUUCACUUCCGCCCAACAAACGCACAUUAAGUUGGAGCAGGGCGAUCUCAUUGGGCUCAAGGUCUUUCCGGAUGGGACACGUGGCGCUGUCUACGCCUUUCUGGGCAUUCCCUACGCCCAGGCGCCCCUCAACGAACUACGAUUUGCUCCCGCCAAGCCGAGCUCCAGUUUCAACCGCACCCUCCAGGCCACCACCAUGCAGCCGCUGUGCCCGCAGCUAGCGAACACCAUCUAUGACGAGAGCUCCGAUGGCUCCAUGCCCAGAUCAGUGAGCACCGACGAGGAUUGCCUUUACAUGAACAUUUGGACGCCGGAGUCGGGGAUGCGGUACGGCAAGCUGCCCAUAGUGGUCAUUGUCACGGGUGAGGAGUUCGCCUACGACUGGCCCAGAAAUCGCAUCAAUGGCUUGGAUCUGGCCGGAGAGGGCAUUGUGGUGGUCAGUGUCCAGUACCGAAAUAAUAUCUACGGAUGGCUGAGUCUGGGCGAACAGCAUCGUAAUGUGCCUGGAAAUUAUGGCCUAAGUGAUGUUCAGAUGGCACUGCGGUGGAUUCGAAGGAAUGCAGAUGCCUUUGGCGGCAAUCCAGAACACAUAACUCUUUUGGGGCAUGGGAGCGGAGGAGCCCCUCUGGCACUGGUUGCUACUUUGGAGGAUACCAGCCAGGUUAAGCAACUGGUGCUCAUGUCACCCGGUCCCAUUAUGAGAGCCUUGGGUCAGAAUCACCAAAAGCGGAUAGUGGAAACUGGUCAGGCGCUGGUACAGAAAUUGGGCUGUCAAUUUGAGGAGGCACAACGUCGCCAGUUGAUGGGUUGUCUUAGGCGCAAGAGCCGGGAGGACUUGCUCCGUGCGUACGAAAGCGUUUAUAACCAUGGCAACGGGAGCUCCCAGCUGGGAGUAAUACUACCCGAAGGAUUGCCACUCGAACAACGCCUUCGUAACAAAACAUUGCCCCCCGUACUGCUGGGCAUCACCUCCAAUGAAGGAGCCUUCCUGCAGGACUACUGGCUCGACGUGGCCAGGGAGGGUCAGGUGGCGCUACAUAAGUACAUCAAUAACACAUUGUUGCCGAAUGUGAUGCGAGCACUGGAGUCGGUGGGUGAGGAGAGCUCCACCCAACUGGCGGCCAUUAGAUGGAGGUACUUCAAUGGCAAGGGAGAGGGAGUCAGCCACUUGCUGGCUGGAAUGCAACGACUACUCUCGGAAUCACUCUAUGAGUUACCCUACUCACGAAUCUUGGAGCUUUUAAAUGGAACCACUACCUAUGCCUAUGUAUUCGACCAAUCCCACUCGAUGGACAUGCGAGGCAGAAGAAAUCUUUUCGGAGGUGCCUCCCACAGCUCAGAUCUGCCACUUCUUCUCGGUCCGAGUCUAUUUCAGCAGAUAGCCCGUCGAAGAUUCAGUGGUGAGGAGGAGCAGCUAUGUCGCAAAAUAAGAGGAGCAUUUGCGAACUUCAUUAAAAAUGGCAACCCCACUCCGGGGAGGAUAUACGACGGCUGGUUACCCUACAACAAGGAGAACCCAUUCGUUUAUAGCUUGGGAGAGCAAGCAAAGACGCCGCAGACAGGAUCAGUCGAUGAGGCAGAGGUGGACAAGCUACUUAGAGGGGAGGCAGGAGCUCCAGGGCUAGAUAGAAGCUUAUCGCGUAGCAACCGACACGAUACCUAUAGAGCAGCACCCUCCAAUUCCUACACGGCCAGCAAUCAACUGAAUUCGGGCUACUCCAAUCACUUGCAAAAGGUUUACGGAUUCUGGCAGGUGUUAAUGCCACUGGAAAGGGAGGAUGACUUGAGGGGAGGAGGAGCUCUGGGCCAGCGGGUACGACUCUUGGAAGCGAGUGCCGAUGCAGCACGCUACCGCCAGGGAUUCUAUGCGAUGUUGGGAUUAGUGUGCCUACUCCUUGCCUGCCUGUGCCUGUGCGUUUAUCUACUCAAAAGAGACCCAAAUGCAAUGAGAAGACGCAGUGCAUCCUCGGGAUCAGCUUCCUACAGCUUAUGACAUAAGUGGUUUCGUUGGACGACCAUCUUUGGGGGCCGGAAGGACGAGGUGCCAUCCACCUCGGGCAUUGCUAAUGUCGAGUCCUGGCGCAAAGGUGGUCGUGCAACGAAACGGGAGCAGGAUGGAAGCGGAGCAGCUGAAUCUGGAGGUGGGGACGGUAAUCUUGAGGGGGAGCGACGCGAACAGGUGCUCAACAAACAUCGGACAAGACGUCCCCGGCAGUUGCAACCGUACGAUUUCAAGAUUACCCACCCUAUUGGAGGAGCAGGAGUUGGAGCAGGAUUCGGAACAGCAGCUGCAGGAGGUGUCAGAAAUGGAGGAGGAACACGAGCUGGAACGGGUUCGGGAUUUGGAGGUACACUUGGAACUGUUGAGGAACUCCUGGACCCUGUCGCCGGCCAAUUCGAGCCGAGUGUGGCUGUUAGGAACUGGCAGUACCAGUUGACUUGUGAUAAGUUCUGAAAGCAAACCAAAAAGUUUCAUUGUAGUUUUGUAUAUGUACUUUUAACUUAAAUGUUUACACUUCUCCGUGAUUAAAUAAACCAACAUUUUACACGUUAAA